AUGAACAACCUCCGUGCGGUCCUGCAGUUCCCUUCACCAGCCCGACCGCUACGCCUGAACAAGCUCCGUGCGCUCCUGCCAUUCGCUUCACCAGCCCGACCGCUCCACCUGAACAACCUCCGUGCGCUCCUGCCGUUCGCUUCACCAGCCCGACCGCUCCACUUGAACAACCUCUAUGCCGCUCCUGCCAUUCGCUUCACCAGCCCGACCGCUCCACCUGAACAACCUCCGUGCGCUCCUGCCGUUCGCUUCACCAGCCCGACCGCUCCACCUGAACAACCUCCGUGCGCUCCUGCCGAUCGCUUCACCAGCCCGACCGCUCCACCGGAACAACCUCCGUGCGCUCCUGCCGUUCGCUUCACCAGCCCGACCGCUCCACCUGAACAACCUCCGUGCGCUCCUGCCGUUCGCUUCACCAGCCCGACCGCUCCACCUGAACAACCUCCGUGCGCUCCUGCCGUUCGCUUCACCAGCCCGACCGCUCCACCUGAACAACCUCCGUGCGCUCCUGCCGUUCGCUUCACCAGCCCGACUGCUCCACCUGAACAACCUCCGUGCGCUCCUGCCGUUCGCUUCACCAGCCCGACCGCUCCACCUGAACAACCUCAGUGCGGUCCUGCCGCUCGCUUCACCUGUUCGUCCGGAAACUGGGUCUGGUCUUGA